CACUCUGAUGGAAUACAGCUUGGGUCAACCUUUUCCAGAAGAAAAUACAGUUUUUUUUUAAAUUAAGCACUGAAAUCCCUCUUAUUGAUGAUAAACAGACAAUUCUCAUAUUAUUAAACAAAUUUCUGGCAAAUGAUGUUAAUGACUGAUUUUGCUUAAAACAGUGCACGCUACCGGUCAAAAAGGCUAAGAAGGGGACACAAGUGUAAAUGGCUAGUGUGUAUAUCUGUGUAUGUUGACAGUUCCAAAGAAAGCACUAUUAUAGUGAAGCUAGAUGUGGUCGUGAAGAUAGCACAGUUUUAAGUAUUUACUUGACAGAGUUUAGGUUCUACUUUUGCAACUAUAUUUGAUUUCUCGGCCGCAGUACAGGUGUCUGCACUUAAUAAAUUUAAUCUAAUCAUCUAGGUUGUAGUAUGAUUCCAUCUAUUUGGAAGCUCUGCUCCCUUUUGAAAGGCAGACAGUCAGGAGUAAUUGUUGGACAAUGUUUCCAAUGUAAUAACUGGCAAACAAAAUGUGGCUACACUCUUGUGUUUAGAACAUAUAGGUACACAUCCUCAAAAGAUGGACCAGCCCAAAACCAAAAGCCACCAGAAGAUGCCUCUAAAACAGGAACUCAGAUUGACAUAAAGAGAAAAAAUCCUUAUGCAGAUAUGACAACAGGCCGAAAAGUAAAGGAAGCUGGAAAAGAUUUCACUUACCUCGGCAUAUCAGUGGCUGCAAUUGGAGUUUUAGGUUAUAUGCUGUAUUACAUAGGUUUUGAACUGUUUGGUGGUGAUAGUGUUAACAGUAUUUACACAAAGGCCACUAAAAGAUGCUCCAAUGAUCCAGAGGUGCAGGUGGCCUUGGGUCAGCCAAUCAGAGCGUUUGGAGAGGAGACUAGGAGGGGCAGGAGGAGGCAUGUCAGCCAUUUGGUGUUUCACCAGGAUGGGAAAGAGCAUAUGCGGAUGACUUUCCACAUUCAGGGAUCCGACAAACGGGCGGACGUCAAUUUGGAAAUGGUCAAGGAUGACUCUGGACAUUACGUAUACAGAUAUCUGUUUCUACAAAUGAAGGAGUUUCCGUACAGGACAAUCAUCUUGGAGGACAAUAGAUAGCCCAACCACCUUGACAUAUUAUCAAUAUUAAAUGUAUACAAAAGUGUGUUAGUUUUAACGUGCCACCCGUAUGUGAUAAUGUGAGGGUGGAUUAUCAAACAGUAUAUUUUGAUAUCUACCAUUGCUUUGAGGACAAUAAAACACUGUAAUAAAGGACCUGUCUUCAAUUUGAAUUUCAUUGUUAUUCAAAUGGUAUAUUUAUGGUGAUGAUCUGACAGUGUUCAACUUGGUAGGAAUAUUAAUCAUGGCGAGGGCUCAAGGUGAGCUAUUUGUGAUUGGUAUAUAUCCAGCAUUUGGGGUCAACAAUAAUUUCGUUUUUGAAAAUGAAAUGGACUUGUUUUAAUAUGGAAAAUCUCACUUGCCAAUGUGGACGAGUUUAAUCAAAUUUUUACUUGUCCGACCUCUAUAUUCACUGGUAUAUACUGGUGCUCUAUGAAGUUUGUUCAAAUCAUGGCACGGGGGUCAACUGGUUCCACCCCCGGGGCUACAAGUUUACUAUAAACACAUUUUGUUAAAAUCUGAUAGUUAUGUUAAGUUUACUCUUGAAGCACGGGCAGCAAAUAUUGCUUUAUUGUCUCCCUUUCUGUUGGAGCUUACUUUUCGAAUUCUUGUAUAUUUUUAGAAACAAUGGAAUAGAUUUUAUGUUUCAUGAAUUCUUCAAAAUAGUCACUUCUAAGGUAAUUAUUGUUCUUUUGUUCUUAAGGUUUACAGGCUAAAGUAAUUAUUAUAUUUCUUUAUUCUUUACUCAAUUAUGAAUUUAAUAAUAAGACUUUCACAUUGAGCUAGACCAUUGUUAUGCUACAAUCUAAUAAUCAAAUAAUUUGCAUGGAUAGUUAAUACAUCACAUUAUAUAAACAUUAAUUUAAUUUAUGUAUAAUGAAGGAAAACUAUGUUGUGUAUGUUGGAGGUAGAGUUAUAUUUUUGGCAGACCAGUGUGCAGCUUAUUAAGUCCUAUUGGUUGAUUUUAUAGGAUGGUGCACUGUCCUUCGUGUGUGUGUCUGUUCUGAACACAAUUGCUUGUGAACAUAAAAUUAUGCUCCUGUGGUCAAAACUGGCCACACCCUAAGGUUUUCUGUAGACUUAUAUAGGGAAUUCUUGAAAAUCUUCUUGGCUAAAACCGCUAGGCACUCCCCUUUAAUAAUUUGUAUCUAGCACCAUAUAGUGGUCCUCGACCAAGAUUGUGCAACUUAUGCCCUUGAGGUCAAAGCCGGUCCCGACACUUUUGCCUUUCUUUCUUUUAAGGUACAGAAAUGAAAUUUGUACCAUAUGUACAGUUUUGAAAACAAACAUCAAUGCUGUGUUUGGAUGACCCUGAUAGUGACUUUUGAUAUACUUUCUUAUUUUUGAAACAAGUUCGAGCAUGUGUACAGUUUUGUAACAAAUAUCAAUAUUGACAGUGUCAGGUGACCUUUUGACCUACUUUCUUAUUUUUGAAGCUACGGUUUUGAAAUUUAGACCAGAUGUACAGCUUUGAGAACAAAUUUCAAGCUAUAGUGAUAACAAAGGUCAAACUUUUUAACUUAUGUGAGCGAUUUAAGGCAAUCAUAGCCCUCUUGUUCAUUUUUUUCUUGACCGAAUGAUAACUUGAAAUCUACUGGAUAGAAUUUAACUUAACUUCAUAGAAUGGUAAAGCACUAUGAAAGAAAGUGAAUGGUAAAAAACCAUUACUCUAUUUCUACUUAUUACACAGUAACUGUACUUUGUUACUUUUUUCUUGUCCGGAUAUAACUUAAAAACUACUGGAUGGAAUGUAAUUAAACGUCAUGCACGUGUUGAAACACCAUUUUGUUAAAACGGGCAAAUGACCUUUUGCGGUAUCAUUGUUUGAAGAAUUUCAGAAAUAAUGGCUACAAUCCAGAA